GUUUUAUUCCGUAUUCCUUUCAAGAGUUCAAAACACUCGAGCUACUCGCUUCGGUGUUUGUCGCCCCCAAUUUGAAAGGAACAGAUGCGUAGUGCAACAAACACUUUUCGAAAGGAAUAAUAAGGGCGUAACGCCCCGGAGCUGUUUCGGAGCUCCUCCUAGGGUUUCCACCGACUAUGGCCACCACCGGGCACCGACCACCUGUCAUUACUGUCAAUAGAAAAAAAAUAAAAGAUAAUGGAAUUUUGUUUUGUAUUGUAUUUUGUAUUUAAAGUUUGUUCAUAUUAAUAUUAAAUAUUAUGAGUUAAUUAUAAAUUGAAUUGUUGUACUACAGCAGAGUUAAAAUGGAGAAACAUGACUUAAUUUGCCCCCAGUGCCAAAGAUUCACCUCAGCACCCUCAAACAGGCUUGUACAGGAUACUUGUGGCCACAAAAAGUGCCGUACCUGCAUGUUAGAGGAUAUAGAUAACUGUAAACAAUGCCUAACACCAAAUAAUACAUUGGAAAACAAUAUAAUUACUGAUAAUCAUACUGCAGUAAUACAUUGCAAUGGAAAGGCCAAGUUUAAUAAUCAAAAUAAUAUUGUUAGAGAGGAGGAAAUUAACAAUAUUGAAGACAAUAACCAAAAAGUUAAAGAAAAAGCAAUAACAAACAAGAAAAAGUUUCCUAUUCCACCACACAUAAGCGUUAACUCGGAUCCUUCAAACUACUUAUGCACGAUUUGUAAUAAAACAUUUGUCACAAAAUCUCACAUAAAAUAUCACAAAUAUUGCAAUGGAGAACUGAAGCCGUUCAAAUGCGAAAUUUGCAACAAAGAAUUCAUCCUAAAGAUCCAACUUCAAGUGCACAUGUGCAAACACACCAACACUAAACCUUUCAAAUGCACUAUUUGUCCCAAAGCAUUUAUGGAAAACAGUAAACUGUCCAGGCAUAUGCUGUUACAUUCCUCAGGCAAAAUGUACAUUUGUCCAGAUUGUGCCAAAUCCUUUAAAACCAGAGAGUCUUUGAGGACGCAUUGUUUGAUUCAUAAAAGCGAGAAACCUUUCGCUUGCAAAGUUUGUGGGACUAAGUUUAGUAAUUCGUCAAAUUUAAAGAAGCAUUUAGUGUUACAUUCAGAUGAAAAAGAGCAUAUGUGUGAUCAGUGUGGCAGAAGAUUUAAGUUAAAAUGGGCCUUGUCAGUGCAUAGAAAAUCACAUUUGAGCUUGCGACCCCAUAAAUGUGGUGUAUGUUCCAAAUCGUUUGUGUAUCUUAAGGAUUUGCAAAGGCAUUGUUUAAUACAUACAGAUUCUCAAGAGUACUCCUGCGGUAUUUGCCUGACGAGUUUUCGACGCAAAGACAACUUGCACCGUCACAUGAAAAACACUCACCCAGGUAAGAAGGGCGAUAUAAUAAAAAAUCCUCUGAAAGUUUCAGAAAUACCAAAAAAAUUGGUUGUCAUUGAUAAUCCCAAUGCUGUAAACGUGAUAACCGCAUCGCCGGCGCUUACUACUAAAUGUAACGCCGUUACGGUGGUACAACAACCAACUAUAUCUACUGAUUCUAGGCCCACGGGAUCUGUCAUCAACGGACCGAUUAAGCUCGCGUUUAAGACGCCGGCUUUCAAAAGCCAUUACAACAUUACGAGAGGAGACGAAUGCUUGGCAGCUCCUCAAAUUGCGUCGAACUUAUCAUUGGUAGGACCAGUGGAUAUGCCACAUUCCGCCACAGAGAUUUUGUCUGCUCAACCGCCUGAACUAAUUUUUCCAAGUCCGCCACAAAAUGUUUCGUCGUUGUCCAGCGUGCAUCAUUAUGAGACUUCGUUUCAAAACAAAAAACACGCUAUGAUUAAGAAUAUUAAGUUCAAAGUGCCUGAACAGUAUACAAACUCGUUCAAAGCCAUUUCGACUAAUAACAAUGUCAGUAGUGAUGAUAGUGAAUUUCAAACAAGUGUUAUAGUGAAUAGUAGUAAUGUAAAUAACUCUAGUGACAUUCAUUGGCGUAGGAGGACUUCGCAAAAUCUUGUGCUAAAGAACUAAAGACUGUACGUUUUUUUUUUUUUUGAAGACUGUUAUUUUAUUUAUGAGACAAAUAUUAUUAUUUUUUAAAUUA